GAGCGGGUCUGUUUGGAUCACCAGCCCCGUUCAGUUCAAUUCUCCGCCUCCCCGCCUCGCAAACACACAGGCUCUCUCGAUUAGCGCCACUAGAGGACUGCCCCACCCUGCCCCACCCACCCCAGUGCCUGCAAUGAGUGGCAAGACUCCCGCGUCCCCGCCAGCCGCCCCGUGCACCGCCAAGCAGCCCCGCGCCGCCAACCCAGCCCCCGCCAGCGAGACAGAUGCCAGGGAUGACGCGGGGGGAGGCAGCGGCGCCCGUGACGAGGAAAAAGGCAAGCAGCAGGCGGGAGACGGGAAAGGAGCUGAUGACCUACAAGCAGAGGAUGUUGAGGCGGGGUGUUUGGCGCGCCUGAGUGGCUGCCUCACCUUAGGACUCGAGGACUUCUUUGAACGGCACGGGCGUCGUGUGGCCUCCUCCCCGCGCCUGGUGGUUGUCUCCUGUCUGGUCCUCACCGCCCUCUGCUCCGCCGGCCUCCUCACCUUCACCAAAGAGAACAGGCCCUACAGGUUAUGGCUGCCGCAGGAAUCGGAGUUCAUCAAGGUGAUGGACUGGCAGGUGCACAACUUCCCCACGGACUACCGGCGCCACCUGGCGGUGUGGGAGGCAGACAACGUCUUGAAGGCGGACGUGGUGAAGGAGAUGUGGCGCCUCCACUCCCGCGUGUCCUCCCUCGCGGUGGGUCCCAACCGCACCUCCUGGAGCGACCUGUGUGCUCGCGUGCCCACCAUGCCAGGCCUGGAAGAUGCCCUGCCAGACUACGAUUACGAGGACUUCGAUUAUGGCGUGCUGGGCGGCAGGCGGCGGCGGCGACGGCGGCGGCAGGCGUCAGCGAUGGUGACGCCCGUGUCCCAGGAGGACCUGAGCCUCAGCCUGCCCCGCGAGCAGUACUGCGACAGCCUGGCGACCCUGCCCAAGGUGUGCUUGGAGACGGGGCUGCUGGAGGUGUGGGGCCACCGCGAGGAGGCCAUCAUGGCCCUCACGGACGAACAGGUGAUCGCUGACCUCAACGCGGCGCACAUCAGCCAGGUGUUCGGUUACCAGGUCAACUUCACCCGCUACCUGGGCAGCGUGACCCGCGACGCCGAGGGCCGCAUCGUGGGUGCCGGCGCCGCCCUGCAGGUGUGGGUGAGCGCGCUGGAUCCCGUCGCGGUGGAGGAGGGGAAGGUGGUGGUGGACCACGGCAGCGGCGAGGUGGUGGACGCGGUGGGGUACGCGUGGGAGCAGACCUGGGUGGAGACCGUGCUGAACACCUCCGCGCGCCUCCCCCAGGGCGUGCGGGUGUUCGCGCAGGCCGCCAGCAGCUUCGGCAAGGUGAGCGACGACAACAUCUGGGGCGACGUGAAGUGGCUGGUGGUGGGCAUGGUGGCCAUGUCCAUCUUCGUGAACGGCACGCUGGGCCGAAGGAACCUGGUGCAGCAGCGGCCGCUCCUCGCCUUCAUGGGCAUGAUGAGCGUGAUGCAGUCUGUGGGCAUCUCCUACGGCCUGUGCUCCCUGCUGGGGGUGCCUUACUGCACCGUCAACUCCAUCCUGCCCAUCCUGCUGCUGGGCCUCGGCGUGGACGACAUGUUCGUCAUCAUGGCGGCGUGGGAGGCGGGGGCGGGUCAGGAUCUCAAGGUGCGCGCGGGACACGCCAUGCGUCACGCCGGCGUCGCCAUCACCGUCACCUCCCUCACGGACGUGACGGCCUUCGCAGUGGGCGCCACCACGGCGCUGCCGGCGCUGCGCUCCUUCUGCCUGUACGCCUCGAUGGGCAUCCUGGCGGUGUUCGUGAUGCAGUCCACCUUCUUUGUGGCGUGGCUGGUGAUGGACGAGCGGCGCCUGCAGCAACACCGCAACGGCCUAGUGUGGUGCGUGACCCACCGCGACUGGUCCCCCAACGCCUGCAGCCAGUGGGACCUCAUGCCCUCCGCCUUCAGGCAGUGGUGCCGCCUGCUGCUCAGCACGCCCUUCCGCGUACUGGUGCUGCUCUUCACGGGGGCCCUGCUGGCCUGCUCCGUGUGGGCCGCCACCAACCUGCAGCGAGAGUUUGACCCCACCUGGUUCAUCCCCACCUCGUCCUACCUGCACAACACCUUCCGCGCCACCACGCGUCACUUCCCCGAGACCGGCCAGGAGGGAUACAUCUACUUCUCCAACGUGACGCUGCCGGAGGAGCUGCCGGAGCUGAACCGCCUGGUGGACGCGCUGGUGGAGAGCCACGUGGUGACGGAGGUGAACGCAUGGUUUACCACUCUCAGGGAGUACAUGGCGCUACAGUCUAAGUUUAACAACACCACACUUACUUACGCCAUCCUGCAGGACACCCUCUCACUCUUCCUGCAGUCUUCCUCCGGCGCCUCCUACCGCCAGGACUUUGCCAUCGACGGGGCGCUGGACUGCCGCCGCCCCGCCCCGCCCAUCAUCUCCUUCAGGAUCGGCAUCACGCACCGCCCCGCCACCUCCCCAGCGGCGCAGGAGGCGGCGCUGCACACCAUCAGGACCCUGCUGGACGAGGUGCCCGUGGGCAGCUUCCGGGCAGCGUGGGCGCAGGCGUACGGCGUGUGGGAGACCAACGAGGUGGUGGGCGAGGAGCUGCUGCGUAACGUGCUGUCCGCAGGCGCCACGGUGGGCGUGGUGACGCUGGUGUUGCUGGCAUCCCUGCCCGCCGCCCUGCUGGUGCUGUUCGCCGUGGCCGCCACUGUGGUGGGCGUGGGCGGCAUCAUGUGGAUGUGGGGCCUCACCAUCGACACAGUGUCCUGCAUCGCCAUCGUGCUCUCCAUCGGCCUCAGCGUGGACUACGCCGCCCACGUGGCCCACGCCUUCCUGGCGGCAAGGGAGGUGAGCAGCCGCAGGGCGCGAGCGCGGGAAGCUGUACUGAACGUGGGCGGCGCGGUGCUACUGGGUGGCCUGUCCACUAUCCUGUCCUUCGUGGUGCUGGUCGCCUCCACCUCCCACGUGUUCAUCACCUUCUUCAAGGUGUUCACGGCGGCCAGCGUACUCGGCCUCUACUACGGCCUCGUCUUCCUCCCCGUCGUGUUGUCCUUCAUCGGGCCCAAAGCCUAUCCCGCCCCGCCCCUCCCCGAGAAGCUUCCUCCCCAGCACUACUCCAACGACGCCUUCACCCCGGACGCGCCCCGCAACCCCGCGUAGUGCCUGUGACGCCGCCAGCGAACUCUCCUCUUGGUAUGUCAGGACGAGGCUACGGGGCGGACACACGCACGCACGCACGCACACACACACACACACACACACACACACACACACACACACACACACACACACACACACACACACACCAUGGGCAGGUGCCCCAGUGCCUCACCUGUCACCCCUCCACCCUGAUUUCUUCUCUUAUUACCUCGCGAACACCUCAAAGGGCAUGCUACACUCACCAAACCCUGACAGCCGUGGCGGCGCGCCUCGACAAGCACUCCGCGCCCUCCACCCCGAGGUUCUGAGCAUCUCGUCCCCGCAAGAAAUCAGGAUUGCCGGUUCAACACACCAUCAUGCCCCAUCACACAACUGCGGAGCGUGAGAGGACUGGGAACCCCUUCUUUGAAUUUCUUCCCCCUGCAAUGCGAGGUCUUGCCACCUCCCUUGUAGCGCGGAUGUCAGCUUGAUAUGUAUGUAGAUAGAUGUAGUGUAUACAGAUAGCGAGGCUAGUGUGUGAUACUUACAUAGCAGCUGUGUACCCCCCCUCCUCCUCGCAGUCUUCCUUAUUACCCGUGUUUUGCGUCUAGCGUCGUCCUAGUGAGUAAGUCAGCAAGUACAAAUAGUCAAUAAACUGCAGAAGUAGUCCACUCA